AUGAGGCCAAAAGCUGCCGAAGUGUGGUCUGAAAAUGACAGAAAAAGAGUGAUGAAUGACAUUGUCGGGACCAUGUUCAGUAAAGCCUUCAAGGAUGAACUUUUGAAACCUCAGCUGCUGUAUUCACACAGGACAAUGAAAGUCGUACUAACUCGCUUGGCGCACGUCUCGAUCAUGAAGCUGAAGACGGUCAGCACGGAGAAGCUCUACGAGCUGAUGAUCAUGGCCUUCAAGUAUCAAGUCUUCCACUGUCCGCGCCCUAAUGACCUUCUGCUCAUCUCAUACAAUCAUAUCGACACCAUCAGGGAAUUUGUGAAAGACACUCCUGCCGUUGAGAACAAAGUGGAUGAAACUCAUAGGAAGAUCAUUGAGGUGUACUCGUCUAUGACUUCGGGUGAAUUCCAGCUUCUCCGACAAACGCUGCUCACAUUCUUGCAGGACACGCACGUCCGGGUGUCCAUUUUCCUCAAAAACAAAAUCCAGAAUCCCAACGGGCGUUUCGCCCUGUCAACCUCAGUGCCUCAUGGAAUGGAUGUUCCUGGGAUCAUUCGGAUAUUUGACAAUAAGGGACGACAAAUGCAGCAGAGCCGGUUCUCCUCAGGUGGGAGUUACACCCUCCCCAUAAAAGAUGCAUCAUUUGGCCUACAUGGCGACAGAAUCAUCAAACUGGGCGUGAACAUUGCCCGCGCCACAGCUCACGGUGCUCUCAACGGGGGCUUCGUGUCCAGUAUUUUAUUGGGGGACACAGACUUUGGGGGCUCCGCACUGAGCCUGGAUGUGGGGCCCGAGGUGGACCUGACGGCGGCCUUGUACAGGCAGCUUGAAGCACUGGAGGCGGAGGAAGCGGCCGGAUCGGAGCAUAGACUUUAA